AAGAAUAGUAAUACGCAUGUGUAUUUGGAGACGUGUUUUUCAUCGCGAGAGGAAGCAUGUUACCGCGAGCGUUCCAUUCGAGCGGCCGUGAAUGAAACCCGCCAUCUUGUAGCUCAUCAGAGGAGAAGAGCAGCAGAUAUGGCAGACUACAGCAGCGUGGCUCCCCCGUCCUCUAACACUGGCGCUGGCAUGAACGAUGCUUUUAAAGAUGCUCUACAAAGAGCACGACAGAUCGCAGCGAAGAUCGGUGGCGACGGUGUUGCGGCACCCCCAACAAACGAGUUUGGCUACGGAGGCCAGAAAAGGCCCCUGGAGGACGCUGGUGGGUAUUUUCCCAUGCCUAACCUGGAUAUCGAUCAACCGGAGACGAAGAAAGUAGCUACAAAUGACGCCUUCUCAUCGAUGGGAGGAAUGGGUGGCCCCCCCAGGUCAACAUCAGAAGAAUUUAAGGUUCCCGACGGAAUGGUCGGAUUCAUUAUUGGAAGAGGAGGCGAGCAGAUAUCACGUAUUCAGCAGGAGUCUGGAUGUAAAAUACAGAUCGCCCCUGACAGCGGAGGAAUGCCAGAGAGGUCGGUGACGUUAACAGGACCGCCAGAAUCGAUCCAAACUGCAAAGAGGCUACUGACAGAGAUAGUGGAGAAGGGACGCCCGGCCCCCGCCUUCCACCACAACGACGGGCCAGGGAUGACCGUCCAAGAAAUCAUGGUCCCUGCGUCCAAAGCCGGCCUUGUGAUCGGAAAGGGGGGGGAGACCAUCAAAAGCCUCCAGGAGCGCGCGGGGGUAAAGAUGGUCAUGAUCCAAGAUGGCCCCCAGAACACGGGGGCAGACAAACCACUCCGUAUUUCAGGGGAACCUUUUAAAGUUCAACAAGCCAAAGACAUGGUGAUGGAGCUGAUCAGAGACCAGGGCUUCCGGGAGCAGCGGGGCGAGUACGGCUCCAGGAUCGGGGGAGGAGACAGCCUAGACGUGAGCGCCCCGUCUGCCGGGAGGCGGCCGCAUGAGCCCCACCCCCCCCUCGCCCGGACUCAGACUCCCUGUCCUCAUGUCCAGGUCCCCGUUCCGCGGUUUGCCGUCGGCAUCGUCAUCGGGAGGAACGGGGAGAUGAUCAAGAAGAUCCAGAGCGACACGGGCGUGAGAAUUCAGUUCAAACCAGAUGACGGCAGCACUCCAGACAGGAUAGCACAGAUCAUGGGGCCCCCGGACCAGGCCCAGCACGCAGCAGAGAUCAUCUCCGACCUGCUGCGGAGCGUCCAGGCGGGGGGGCCGCCGGGCCACGGGGGCGGGCGGGGCCGCGGCCGCGGGCAGGGCAACUGGAACAUGGGCCCCCCCGGGGGCCUGCAGGAGUUCACCUUCACCGUUCCCACCAUGAAGACGGGGCUGAUCAUCGGCAAAGGUGGGGAGACCAUCAAAGGGAUCAGCCAGCAGUCGGGGGCCAGGAUCGAGCUGCAGAGGAACCCCCCGCCCAACGCGGACCCCAACAUCAAGAUGUUC